AGUGAGACAGAGAGAGAGAUGGAGAGAGAGAGAGAGAGUUACUCACUCUACCUGAAGACAGGUGAGAGAGAGACAGAGAGAGAGAGACAGAGAGAGAGAGAGCGAGAGGGUUACUCACUCUACCUGAAGACAGGUGUGAGAGAGACAAAGAGAGACAGAGAGAGAGAAUCACUCACUCUACCUGAGGACAGAUGAGAGAGAGACAGAGACAGAGAGACACUCACUCUACCUGAGGACAUGAGGUGAGAGACAGACAGAGAGAGAGUCACUCACUCUACCUGAGAACGGGUGAGAGAGAGAGAGAGAGAGAGAGAGAGAGAGAGUCACUCACUCUACCUGAGGACAGGUGAGAGAGAGAGAGAGAGAGAGAGAGAGAGAGAGAGAGAGACAGAGAGAGAGAGAGACAGAGAGAGAGAGGGUCACUCACUCUACCUGAGGACAGGUGAGAGACAGGUGCGUGGACGGACAGGCUGGGGCUCAGUAUGCAGAGGGACCCCCCCUCACCUGGAGCCAUGUUCGUCAGUUACCUGCAGCUGGAUAAGGAACCCCCCAUGUACCCGCACCAGAACCCGGGCACCCGGCACCCGGGGCUCGGCCUCAGCCCGCAGAGCUUCCCGGUGUCCGCCUCGCCUCAGUACUCUGACUUCGGCUACCACCACCACCACCACCACCACGGCCUCAGCAACGACCCGCACCCGGUGCAGCAGGCCGGGCCGGGCGCUGGUGGCUGGAGCCCGGCCUACCCCCCACCUCCUCCGGCCACCCGGGACGACUGGUCCACCCACCACUACGGACACCAGGCCGCCGCCGCCGCAGCGGCCGCGGCUGCCGGGGGAGGUCCCGCAUCGUCCUCGGUGCCCGGAGCGGUGGGUCCCCCCCUGGGGUUCAGCCCCCCGGAGUUCCCCGGGCAGCCUCCAGCGCUGCUGCCGGGAGCGGGGCAGCUGUCCCCCGGGUCCCCGCUGAGGAGGAACCCGUACGACUGGAUCCGUCGCUCCUCCGCUCCGCCCGCCAACCCAAACGGAAAGACUCGGACCAAAGACAAGUACCGCGUGGUUUACACCGACCACCAGCGCCUGGAGCUAGAGAAGGAGUUCCACUACAGCAGGUACAUCACCAUCCGGAGGAAGGCGGAGCUCGCCACGGCGCUUAGCCUCUCGGAGAGACAGGUGAAGAUCUGGUUCCAGAAUCGCCGGGCGAAGGAACGUAAGAUCAACAAGAAGAAGCUGCAGCAGCCCGCCUCCUCCACGACCACGCCCACCCCGCCCAACGGGAGCAGUGGCAGCGGAGGAGGAGGAGGGGGAGGGGGAGGGGGAGGCGGUUUCCAUAGAAACGGAGGCAGCAGUGUCCCCAUGGUGACGAGCAGCAGCGGGAUGGUGUCCCCCUCGUCGCUGCCUCUCAACAUCAAAGAGGAGUACUGACCAGGACCAGGACGCUGGUUUCAGGGAUCGCAACCAAAAGUGAAUUCAUGGGACUGAAAGACGUUUUGCGUCCCGUCCCCGUGGAGAGGAAGUUCACAGAAGUUCUUCAGCCUCCAGCUGCAGGUGGUUCGUCCCGAGGAUCGACUGCACAGAGGAAAUCAGUCGUUUGGUUUCAUCCAGACUCAACACGCUUCUAGAACCUUCUUCUUAUCAUUUGUUCUGUUGGUGAAAACAUUUUCUUAACGCUUGUAGUUUUAGUCGAACUUUAUUCAACUUCAUUGAACUUUAUUUGAAUGCAGAGAUCCUGCAAUUUCCACGUAAGAUAUUUCCAUGUGGGUGAAUCCUUCAUCAUAAAUAAUCAUAUCAUCAUUGAGUGACAGUUUGUGCGAAAACAUUUGUUUUUAUCUCUUUAGCUUAAAUGCAGUUGUCAGAGUUUUGUUUUUAUCAUUUUUUUAUGAAGUAAAGUAAAGUAUUUUCACAAUUAAUUAACAAAUGUAUUCUCAGGCCAUAGGGGGCGAUGAAAUCCUGUUAUAUGAAUUUAAAAACUCACACGACGCCAGCACUUCUAUUCGUUCAAACGUUGUCAGUAACGGCUCAGAGGCUCCGCCCUCACCGGAUUGUCAUCACUGUUGCUAUGGUUUCACCUGGCGUCCUACAUGACUCUGAAUCAGAGACCAGUGUGAACUGGUCUCAUUCCAGUUUGAAACUCUGGUUUGUGUUUGAGUCUGAACAGAAACUCAGACGUUCUCGUCCUGAUUGGUUCUCAUCAGUCACAUGACUCGACUUCCAGCGGUGAACAUAAAGCGUUGCUAACACUUCCUGUUAGUAACAUUUCCUGUCAGUCUCACUUCCUGUCAGUAGCACUUCCUGUCAGUGACACUUCCUGUCAGUCUCACUUCCUGUCAGUGACUCGUCACCUUCACUGUUCCUCCCAUAGAUAGAUAUAUAUCUAUAAAGGCUAGAAGUCUCAUCCAUGUUUCUGGUCAACGGAGUCGAACACCCGCUCAUGGCGGCCAUCUUGCCACAGGCAGCUCGCCCACCCAUUACAUUGUGUUGGUACUUUCUGAUUAAAAAAAUUAAAAAAAAAUCUUGAUGUAUAUUUGUAAAGGGAAUUUAGCAAGUUAUGGUUAUUUAAAAAGUACGUACCACUACAACACAAUGUUAUGGGUGGGCGAGCUGCCUGUGGUAAGAUGGCCGCCAUGUGCAGACACUCGACUCCAUUGGCCGAGACAUCUAGACUUUAUAUAUAUAUCUAUGGAGACAUCUAGACUUUAUAUAUAUCUAUGGAGACAUCUAGACUUUAUAUAUAUAUCUAUGGUUCCUCCUUCAGAGGAGUUUCUGUAACUAAGCAACCAACUGCAGAGGAGACAAUCUACUUCCUGUUUACAUCACAUGACCAGUGUAGGUGAACGGUCAUGUGACGUGUGGACGGAGUCUAAGUACAUUAAUACCCAUGAGUCUGAGCUCCACAAUAAUCCUGCUAGAUGUUUGAAUAUUCCAUAGAAGGAGAUCCCCAGCAUCACGUGCACUGUGCACGGUGAGUUAAUCAGUGAUCAACAGUAAUAAACUGACGACGGUUCAAACUUCCCUCCUGUUUGUAUUCUGCUCCAUGUUCAGGAAAUGACCUGUACAUGUUUCUUUUCAUGUGAAUAUUUUCUAAUGGAAUUUCUAUUAAACCUCAAAGAAUUUA